AUGCAGUCGGCCAAGGCACGGCAGGAGGCGCUGGAUCGGAAAGCCAAGGAGCUGCUAGACGAAUUCGCCAACCCCGAGCUCAAGUCGGUCGGCAAUUACACCAUCGGCCGGCUGAUCGGCAAGGGGUCGUUUGGCAAGGUGUAUCUGGCGACGCACAAGUUGACGAAUGGCUCCAAGGUCGUCCUCAAGUCUGCGCGAAAAGAGGACUCCAACCUCGCCCGCGAAAUCCAUCACCACCGCCAAUUCAUCCAUCCGCACAUCGCACGCCUCUACGAAGUCAUCGUCACCGAGUCGCUCGUCUGGCUCGUCCUGGAGUACUGCCCCGGCGACGAGCUCUACAACUAUUUGCUGAAGCAUGGACGAUUGCCGGUCGAAAAGGUACAAAAAACAUUCGCCCAGCUCGUCGGGGCGGUCUGCUACGUCCACCAGCAGCAGUGCGUGCAUCGCGAUCUGAAGCUGGAGAAUAUCUUGCUGGAUAAGCACGAGAACGUCAAGUUGUGUGAUUUCGGGUUUACGAGGGAGUACGAGGGCAAGGCGAAUUACCUGCAGACGUUUUGUGGAACGAUAUGCUACUCUGCUCCAGAGAUGCUGAAAGGGGAGAAGUAUGCGGGAGAGAAGGUCGACGUCUGGAGUUUGGGUGUGAUUCUGUAUGCCCUGCUCUGCGGCGAGCUGCCGUUCGAUGACGAUGACGAUAAUGUCACGCGGCAGAAGAUCCUGACCGAGGAGCCGAAUUACCCCGAUCAUAUCCCCCCGGAGGCGCUGAGCUUGCUCAAGUCGCUGCUCUCAAAGCGGCCGAUUCUCAGACCCAGCUUGCCCGACAUCCUCGCGCACCCUUUCCUCGCCGACUACGCGCCGCAGCAGCAGGAGAUUCUGCGCGUGUCCCAGCCGGAGCCGUUCUCCACGCCGCUCGAGAAGGAGACUCUGCAUCGGAUGCGCUGCGCCGGCGUCGACACCGAUUCCGUGGUCGAGAGCGUGCUCGCGCACCGAUGCGACGCUCUCGCCGGCUGGUGGGCCCUGCUCAUCGAGAAGGAACAGCGCAAGCAGAGAAGGAGGGAACGUAAACGGAGAGAAAGGGAGGCAGAAAAUCGGAAUUCGAGACGCUUCUCCCAGGCGUCGAGCAGGCUGAAUAUGCUUGCUACGGUUGAAGAGGCGGGGCAGGUGCCCAAGUUGGGGGAUCCGCCGCCGCCGCCGCCGCCGCCGCCGCCGCCGAGGACGAGGGGGAGGAGCGAGAGGAGAAGUGCGCAUUAUCCUAGUUUGACGAUCCCAACUACGCCGGAUCUUGAGGACCGAUGCAGGGGGCCGCAGAGUCCGGCUGAUAGCGAGGUCCCCCCGCCGCCGAUUGAUAAGGAUUCUAUCAGGUCGGCGAGCACGAGCCGGCAGAGGAAGCCUAUACCCCCGCCAAAGGAGGGCGUCAUCCGGAGUGCGCGGUCGAGGGGUUCGACGCUGCACUUGGUAACUACUGGGGACGCGCUGGAUCCGAAUGUAGGUUGUGGACCGCAGUCUUCUGGGGGUGAUGGCAAAAAGGUGAAGAAACGGCCUUCGCACGCCAUCAUCAACACCUGGAAGAACUGGACGCACUGGCUGUUUGAGAACACGCGCCGGAAUAAGCAUGCUCGGAAGCGCAACUCCCAGUCCUCUCCGGAUUUGUUGGCCAAGACGGCUGGAGGAAAGAUCUCCAAAUCCAAGGAUACCCUCCCCCGUCCGCAGACAAGCAAGUACCCCGUCAGCUCGGCGUCGUCCGCGCCCAAAGCGAGCUUGCCUAAGGGCGUCGUCGCAAACGGGUUCGCUUCCCGCUCUGGGCUCGGCACCUCCUCCUCGGCAAAUGCCCCUCCUUUGCAACUCCAUCAUCAGCCUGUUUCUUCCGGGCUGGGCACCCCGCCUUUGAUACCGGGAGCCGGAGGGGCUAUGGCAAGAAUCCCGCCCGCUUCCAGUUCCUCCGCAAACCGUGAUUCCUACCCCAAGCGGCACUCCCUCUCCCCCUCCCCCCUGACCCCCCGCUCGUCGGCCGCAGUCCGCCGCUCCUCCUCUGGAGUGGGCGGCCUCCGCGGCCGCAAGUCCACUUCGUCGAGCAUUUCUUCGGUGCGGAGCAUCCCGCCUGUGCAUCACGCGCAUCAUCAUUCCCAUUCGCAUUCCAAAGCGAGCUCGACCUCCUCCACGGGAAGUGUGUCUACCAGUGUGAGCAAGACCCCGCUGCAUACACGCAGUCCGCAUCAUAGCGUCAAGGUUUUGCCCGCUACGCCGGGACAUGUGCAGGGCGGCCUGCUGCCGAGUAAUAUCCGGUUGGUGAGGGAGAAGGGGGGACCGCCGUUGGGAAUUCCGCUGCCGAUCUACACGGGGGAAACGCCGGGUACACCCGUACGGGCGGGGGGAGGUGAGAUAGGAGGAGGGGGGAUGCAGCCCCCCGGGAGCCCGAAUCCUUUCACCGGCGUGGGCGGUGUGAUGUUUGCGAAGAGGAAGAGGAAUAUCUUCAAGGGGCCUAUGCUUAGUUUUGCGAGUGUAGGUGCGAGACGGGGGGAGAGGGGGGAUGGUAUUGUCAGGCAUGAGAGGAGCGGGAGUAUUGGACGCGGGGUGAGGCAGGGUGCUGCUGGAGGGGAGGGGGCCAUUCAGGAGGUGGAUGAAGAUGAGUAUGACCUUGCCGAUUCUGCACCCGGAAACCCGUACUCGAUGGGUAUGAGCGGGACCUUCGGGCCGGGAUACAGGGGAAGUUUUCAUGCUAGAGGAAGUCAGAUUAUGGAGGAGGAUGAGCCGCUGGACGGUAACGGGCUUGGUGUUGGUGUUGGUGUUGGUGUUGGUGUUGGUGUGGGGGAGGAAGAGGAAGAGAUUGAGGAGGUCGAUUCUUUUGCUCCUAUAGUGAAAGGUCCCGGGGAGAUUGUCGAGGAAUUAAUUUAUGAAGAAGGGGAGGAGGUGCCGGCUGUGGUGAGGAGGGUUGGAGAUGGGGACGAUGCAGGACCCGGGCCGGUGUUUUCGACCCUGGCUGGGGCAGGGAGCGCUGCGGGGCUGGACUCAUGCUCGGAGGUUACGAUUAAGGGGUGUGUCUCGUCCGUGUUGGGAGGAUCUCUGGUUCAGGAGCCGGAGCAGGCGCAGACGGAAGAGGCUCAGCCUCAGACUGGGCUGGCUGAGAGCGAAGGGAAGGGCAAAGGGAAAGAGAAGGAGAAGCCUGCUGAGGUGAAGGGGUUGGCCCCCUCGCCGUUGAUUACACCCAUGUCAGCGUCAACACCCAGCACGCAACCCCCUUCUCCGAUCCAAGCCCAACUUUUGUCCCCGUCUCCGGCUCGUUCUCAGCCUCAACCUCAAGUUAAGGACGAGGAGCAGAUCCAGAUCCAGAUCCAGGUGCCCCCUGUGCCUGCCAAGGACAAGGAGCAGGGUCAGAGUCAGAGUCCCAAGAGCCCCAAGUCUGCCGGGGCUGAAGGUGGGGGGAGUAGUUCCAGUUGA